AUGGAAAAAUCUGUCAGAGAGAACCCUAAUAUGAAGGUCAUGGACAUUAGGGACAAAGUAAGUAGGAAAUGGAAUGUAGGAAUCUCUAGAAAUAUGGCUUUUAGGGCAAGAGCCAUGACAAAAGAUAAUAUUGAGGGGUCAUUCAAGGAACAAUAUAGAAAAAUCUAUUAUUAUGGUCAUGAGCUUCUCAGAGCAAAUCCAAGUUCAACAGUCAAAAUAAAGGUUGAAAAUAGUAAUGAUGAGUGCAAGUAUGGAGGGGAGUUACUAACAGCUGUUGGAAGAGAUGAAAAUGAACAAAUUCUUCCCAUUGCAUAUGCUGUUGUUGAGGUAGAAAACAAAGACUCGUGGACUUGGUUCUUGGAGCUUCUCAUUGCAGACCUUGGUGGGGAAGCUAUUUGUGGAGCAUGUCUUUUGCCAGCUAUUCAAGAUCUUCUACCUGGGGUAGAGCAAAGAUUUUGUGUUAGACAUUUGUAUUCUAACUUCAGAAAGAAAUAUCCUGGAAAAGACCUUAAACGUCUUAUGUGGAGGGCAGAAGCAGCCACAUAUUCACAACUAUGGGAGGCUGAAAUGAGGAAAAUUAAAGAGAUCAAUGUAGAGACAUUUAAAUACUUGAUUGCAAUUCCACCUAGGUUUUGGUCAAGAUCUAAAUUCACUCCUAGAUCACAAUCUGACACUCUUGUCAACAACAUGUGUGAGGGCUUCAACAAUGUGCUAGUUUGUAGUAGGUGUAAGCCAAUUAUCACUAUGUUAGAAGACAUUAGGGUUUACAUCAUGAAGAGAUGGGCUACGAACAGGACAAAGAUGACAUUAUAUCAAGGUUCUGUGUGUCCUAAGGUUCUCAACAGAUUUCAAAAGCAGUCAUGGUUAACUAGAUAUUGGUUACCAAGAUGGUCAUCAUAUCAAUUAUUUGAAGUCCUACCCAUUUCACAAUUUGGGGAGCAAUUUGUUGUGAAUAUUGAAAACAAGGACUACAGUUGUAGAAAGUGGUUAAUUACUGGCAUUCCUUGCACUCACGCCAUAACCGCAAUGAAAUUCUUGAAUUUAAAUGCAGAAGACUACAUUGGCCAUUGGUUUAGGAAGUCUACUUAUGAAGAGACCUACAACACCAUCAUUUAUCCUAUUAAUGGUCAACUUGUGUGGGACAUAACUUCAUAUCCAGAUGUAUUACCCCCAAAUAAGAGGACAAUGCCAGGAAGACCCAAGAAAAAACGAAGACAAGAGACUUGA